AUGGGCAUUGAGCAUUUGGUUUUGUUCAAGCUGAAGGAGGGAACGACCGAGGAGCAGAUCGCUGAGCUUGUUGCCGGCCUGCAGACCCUCGCUUCUCUCCCUGGCGUGGAGAAGAUCACCGCCGGCAAGAACUUCUCGGAGCGCUCGAAGGGUUUCAACUUCGCGUUGCGCGUGACGUUCAGCGGCCGGGCGGCGCUUGAUGCCUACCUGCCCCACCCGGACCACGUCAAGGUCAAGGACCAGUUCAUCGUGCCCAUCACCGAAGACAUCCUCGCCGUCGACUACGAGUUCUAA